AUGUAUGCUGCUAAUAAGUAUACUGAUAGAAGAGCUUUGUGGUCUUCUCUUGUGCAUCACAAAGGGUUUGUUCGUGAUGAUCCUUGGGUCAUUGGUGAGGAUUUUAAUGUCACUCUUAAUCUCAAUGAAAGCACUGCUGGUUCUUCUAGAUUUUCUAAAGGCAUGGUGGAUUUUCUUGAUUGCAUCAAUAAUCUAGAAAUUGAAGAUAUUAAUAGCAAUGGUUUGAAUUUCACAUGGAACCAAAAGCCUCAUGGAAACAAUGGUAUUUUAAAGAAGCUUGAUCGUGUGAUGGGUAAUAGUAGGCUGCUGGAAGUCUUUCCUACCAUUUAUGCUUCUUUUCUUCCGUAUAGGCUAUCUGAUCACAGCCCUGUUGUCAUCAAAAUUCCGAUGAAAGCUAAGUUCACUGUGCUUCCUUUCAAAUUCCCUAAUGUUCUCGCUCUUAGCCCUGAAUUGAAACUGUUGGUUGAAAGGCAUUGGAAUAUUGAUGUUCAAGGAGUUAAGAUGUUUAGAUUAACUCAAAAGCUCAAAAAUCUCAAGAACCCUAUUCGCAAGCUGUUAAAGAUCCAGGGGCAUUUUUCUGAAAAUGUUGAUCAUUUUCGUAAGGAGCUUGAAGCGGUCCAAUCUGAUUUGGAUUUGGAUCCCUUCAAUUCUCAACUUCGUGAUUUGGAGGCCAUCUUUCUUGGAGAGUAUAAGAAAGCUUAUGAUGAGGAGGAACGGUUCCUGAAACAGAAAGCUAAAAUUCAUUGGUUAAAAGAGGGUGAUAGCAAUUCAAAGUAUUUUCAUAAGAUUGUUAAAGGAAAAGCUCACAAAAAUAGAAUUGAAUCAGUUAUGAAUCGACAGGGGGAGUGGCUGGAAGGUGAAGCUGUUUACAAAGAAUUUGUUGACUAUUUUCAGGAUUUUCUUGGAAAAGAAGUUCUUUGUGAGGAGAUUGAGAUGCCGAAUUCUUUAUUUGUCAAAAAGCUUGAUCUUAUUCAAGCUGUUGAGAUGGUUCAGAUUGUUUCAAAUGAAGAAAUAAAAGCUGCCCUUUUUUAUAUUGAUGAUGAUAAAGCUCCUGGUCCAGAUGGUUAUUCGGCUAAAUUCUUCAAAUCCAUGUGGUCUAUCAUUGGUGAUGAUUUUUGUCAUGCUGUCAAAGAAUUUUUUGCUAGUGGAAAGAUUCUCAAAGAAGUUAAUGCCACUGUCAUUGCUUUAGUUCCUAAAGUUGAUUCUCGUGGAAUUGUGAGUGAUUUCAUACCUAUCUCUUGUUGUUCGGUUAUCUACAAGUGCAUAAGUAAAAUGAUUGUUGGCAGAAUAAGAAAUCAUUUGGGAUCAAUUGUUUCUGAUAACCAGUCAGCUUUCAUUCCUGGUAGAUCAAUUACAGACAAUAUUCUUCUUUCUCAAGAGCUGGUUCGGGGGUAUCAUAGAGAACGUGGGUUUUCUAGAUGUGCGCUAAAGGUGGAUAUACAGAAGGCUUAUGACACUGUUGGUUGGUCUUUUCUUCAAAAUAUUCUUUUUCAUUUUGGGUUUCACCCGACAAUGAUUAAGUGGAUUAUGCAAUGUGUGAGUACUCCUUCCUAUAUGAUUAGUAUGAAUGGUACUUUUCAUGGUUACUUUGAAGGCAAAAGAGGCCUUAGGCAAGGUUGA